AUGUCCGGAAAAGUACCAGUCUAUAGAUUACCUCCCUUACCCAGACUGAAAGUGAAGAAACCCAUCAUUAGGCAGGAAGCAAACAAAUGUUUGGUUCUGAUGUCAAAUUUACUGCAGUGUUGGUCUUCAUAUGGUCAUAUGAAUCCUAAAUGUGCGGGUUUGGUGGCGGAAUUGAAAAGCUGUACUAGUGAAAACGCCCUGGGAAAAAGAAAUAACGUACAGAAGAGUAAUAUCAACUACCAUGCCGCUAGACUAUACGAUAGGAUCAACGGUAAGCCCCAUGAUUAA